GUGUCUCACAGCCACUCCCCUCUUUAGCUAUUGAUAUCCCCCCGCAUGAUUCUCCAAGACGUUGUAGACCAGAUCAUGGAAAGAGAGACAGCUUUCUAGACAUGACUGCGCUCGUUUAGAACAUCCGCUGCCUGCACGGUACAUGGACACCCACUGUAUAGAGAGAUUAGAAGUGAGUGAAAUAAACGGUCCUAAGCUAUAUAAUAUAUCUAAUUCUGGGAAAACCUCUGCGCAUAUAACACAUUUCCAUGCGCUCGUGUGAUAGGUAAACAGGAGAAUCGUAUAUUAUAUCUGUAUUUGGAGAAAAAAAACGAACUAAUAAUGGUCAAAAAACGAACGGAUGACAUGACAGACAACUUCAAGAACGAGAUGAGAGUGAACAGGCUGACGGUUGCAUUCCGUUACUCCAAAGACGCACUCGAGAACGUCAGAGAAUGAAAAGAGCUCCAGAAUACAAGCAGACUGUUCAUGAAAUUGACCGGCUCUGGUUUCACGGAGGUCUCCUAACGUUGCCCGCCGUUCUCCGGGGAAUUUGAGGCCACACAGAUUGACAGGUUGACCACUGAAAGUUAAAAUGGCCCACCUUUUCCUAGCCAGCAAAAUCUCUAUUCCAGAUGACUCUAUCAAUAAAAAUGCACCGAAAGUCCCCAAAAGCGCCAUGAAAAUGCCCACAUCUACCUCUGAGAAAGUCACUACAGAGAAAUCCAACAACAACAACCACAACAAGAAGGACCGUAGCGUUGUUGUGACGACCGUCCCGUUAAUCAACGAGGUGCAGCUGACGGCGGCCACCGGCGGGGCAGAGAUGUCGUGCUACCGGUGCACCGUGCCAUUUGGCGUGGUGGUCCUUAUCGCCGGUAUUGUGGUAACGGCCGUGGCGUACACGUUCAACUCUCACGGCUCCACCAUCUCGGUGCUGGGGCUGGUUCUGCUGUCAGCUGGGCUAGCCCUCCUGGGGUCCAGUGCUGUCUGCUGGAGGGUCCGGCUGGGGAGGAAGAAGGACCGGAGGAGGGAGAGUCAGACGGCCCUCAUGGCCAACCAUGGACUCUGCGUGGUCUGAGCCCUGAGGGAAGAGAGGGACUGUUAAAGUUUGAAGUUUCAACAAUUUAUAGUCAAGGUGCCGCUGUGGCCUGAGGGGAAGACUUGGACAGUGGAACAGUGGGACUGUUAAAUGGAACAAUUUGAAGUUUAAACAAAAGGUAUUGAAUGACAAGAGACUAGAGAGUUGAGGGAUGUCUGAGCUGGUUGGGUAUGAAGGACUCACACAUUAUCAAAAACAGAUGCUUAGCUGAAGGACUAGAAUGGGCUAGAAAGUCUAGCUGCUUUGUAGGUGAGAUACUAUCUGGAAGGACUAUAUGCCUAGAAAGCAGAAGUUGGAACUGAAAUUAAUUUCCAAAAGUUUACCCAUAUUUUUUUCAUUCUGUUCCGCUGUUACGACCAGCAAAAUAAAGUUCUGAACUGGUUCGAACCCCCAAAAAGUACCGGUUUAUAUCGUUCCUUUCUGUUCCUUCAAAUCAAUAGUUGUUUACAUUUAGCUCAUUAAAUUACUUUACCAAUCAGUGUGGAUAGAGCAGGCAAGCUAGUUGACAAACAAGUGGCGCAAGAUGCGACUGAAAUAUUGCGGAGAGAGCGACAGAGGGUUGAGGAAGAGGCUUGAAGUGCUAGAGCAGGCAAGCUAGUUGACAAACAAGUGGCGCAAGAUGCGACUGAAAUAUUGCGGAGAGAGCGACAGAGGGUUGAGGAAGAGGCUUGAAGUAUUGGGCAUCUUGUUAUGACAUGCAUGAUCUGAAUUUAGGUCCACAGAAUUAUACCUAUGAGGAGCGGCUUCUAUGGAGGAACAUUGAAUGUCCUUUGAGCUAGCUAGCUAACAAGUUUGAGCUAGCUAUCUAACAAGCUUGUGUAUGCACCAGAAUUUAAAAAAUACAUCUUACCUUUUUGUUGUUAAUAAAUCCAAUGUGAAACGUGAUAACUAGGCCUUUAGUAUCCUUAACUAGCAUUGAAAAAGUGAAUCCAUUCUUCUCUAACUAAUUAAAAAUCUCUCUCUCUAUCUUCUGAAUUCCACUUGUAAUGUUAGUACAGUAGCCUAUGGUAACGUCAGUACAGUAGCCUAUGGUAACAUCAGUACAGUAGUCUAUGGUAACGUCAGUACGGUAGCCUAUGGUAACGUCAGUACAGUAGCCUAUGGUAACAUCAGUACAGUAGCCUAUGGUAACGUCAGUACGGUAGUCUAUGGUAACGUCAGUACAGUAGCCUAUGGUAACGUCAGUACAGUAGUCUAUGGUAACGUCAGUACAGUAGCCUAUGCUUCGGAGGGGGGAGGGGCAGAUAGCCUAAACACGCACACACACUGGCAAAUUUUCAGUUUGCAGGCAGACACUGGAAUAAGUUUCUGAGUGACAGAGUGAGGGCUUUGCAUAGGAAUUAUACCUAUGUUUUUUUGAGAGACUAGAAAAAAAUGCUUGGAACAUAAAAUAACGUUAUUAACCGGUUCCCAUGCUUUUCAAUAACUGUUCUGUUCCGGAACAAUAUGGAUCCCUUUCGUUCCCUGUUCCGUUUCUUUUCCUUGAAAAAUUACAUUAUUUUCCGUUUUUUCGGUUCUGUUCCCUGAACCGGUUCCAACCCCUGGUAGAAAGACUAGCUGUUCUGUAGCUAAAAUACUAUCUGAAAUUCUGGUGGUUUGUUCUUCCAGGACAUUUAAAAAGACCAGGAUCAAGAUCAUGGAGGUAAAUAUGGAGUAUCCAAAGAUUAGUUAUUGGAAAGGAUGGAUGAAGUAGGGUGAAGUUGCCCCUAGAUUCUGAUCUUGAGUAAUUUUUGCAUUUUCCUCACUAAUAGUUAAGGUUAGAUUGGGGGAGGAGAAGCUGAUCCUAGAUCUGUACCUAGGGGAAACUUCAUCCUGGAGCAUAAAGGAUCGUUACACGGUGGACCAUGAUUCUCCAUUCUACUAUUCUCAUGCACGUCACGUGAUGUAUCUGUGACUCUAUUGCUGCUCUGUUGAUGUUUCAAGUGAACAUUUAAUAGGUACUUAAUGUUAUGUUUUAGAUAUGUAGUAGACUGGCUGACUUUUCACAGUCAAAGCUCACUAUGACAAUGUAAAGUGAACUUGUAGGAAGUGAUUGCCUAAUGAAGUCAAAGUAUCUCUCUCAAGUUCGAUAUGCACAGCUUUUAAUGCUUCCUUUUAAAACAGUGCUCAUAAUUUUAAAUAACAAUAAAAUAUACCUUUGUAUCUGCCUAGUAUGCAUAAUAUUGAUUCAUUUAAUACAUGUUGUGCCAAAUGUGCAGUUUUUCAUUGUUAGACCAGAGCUGUGGCUAAGCAAGUUGUGGUUUCAUUGAAAAUUGUUAACAAAUAUAGCAUUGUACUCUGUUAAAGUUGUAUUUUCAUGCUAUUUAUGACAUAUCCAUUGACAUAUAUUUGGAAUAUUUGUGCCAAUAAACUUAAGACACAAAAUCAA